CAAUAUUGGGCGACAGUCCUUAUUUUCAGGCAGGCUUUGGAUUGAUGGGCCUCGGCUUUGCCGCAACUCUCUUCCGACAAGGUGCUAUUGCCGGGCUCACUGCCCUCCGCCGCCGCAUGCUUGUCACGCUCGAGCUAAAUAACAAGGACCGUGCAUACGAGUGGUUCCUUGCGUGGAUGGCAGAACAGAACAGGCUUGUAGCUUCCAGUUCCUCCCGAAGUGUGAAGUGGCUCCGAAGCCACCAACUCAGUCUCGAGACCAACGUCGAGCAACGGAGUAACGGCAGCUCCUCCGUGCUGUUUAGGCUUGUCGCUGGUCCUGGCGUACACUACCUAAAGUACCACGGUGCUUGGAUGCAAAUGAAACGAGAGCGCGAGACUAAGGCCAUGCAACUCAUGACCGGCACACCCUGGGAGACGGUGACACUCACGACAUUGUCCCGGGAUAGAGGCCUAUUUCCGAGGCUACUCGCGGAAGCUAGAGAUUUGGCAAUGCGGAGCCAGGAAGGAAAGCUCGUCGUCCGGACAGCCUGGGGCAUAGAAUGGAAACCAUUUGGGCAGCCCCGCAGAAAACGGCCACUUCGAAGCAUUGUCUUGGGCAAGGGUGUCGGCGAAAGGAUAGAGCAUGACGUUCAGGCAUUUCUUCGGCGCCGACAGUGGUACGCUGACAGAGGUAUACCCUACCGCCGAGGUUAUCUUUUGCAUGGGCCUCCAGGAUCUGGCAAAACAUCAUACAUACAAGCACUUGCUGGCGCAUUGUCUUAUGAUAUAUGCCUUCUUAAUCUAUCAGAACGAGGACUGGCCGAUGACAAGCUUUUUCACCUGCUAUCAAACGCACCAGAACGCAGUUUCAUUCUUAUUGAAGACAUAGACGCAGCAUUCAACAAACGCGUCCAAACUAGCGAAGAUGGCUAUCAAUCUUCUGUAACAUUCUCCGGCUUCCUCAAUGCUCUCGACGGGGUCGCAUCUGGGGAAGAACGCAUUGUAUUCAUGACGACCAACCAUAUAGAAAAGCUAGACCCAGCACUGAUACGACCUGGACGUGUUGAUCUUUCUGUCCUCAUCGACGAUGCCUCCCCUGCCCAGGCGAAAACACUCUUUACGCGAUUCUACGGAGGUGACGAAGCCGUAACUGGCCUCACGGAAGAGGGGGUGGAGCGAUUGGGAGAGGUCCUUGGAUCAAUAACAAACGAGGAGAUGCAGCAAGGGCGGCGGGCGAGUAUGGCAGCCCUUCAAGGACAUUUUAUACGGUAUGGUGCACAAGAGGCGGUAGACACGUGUAGAGAACUGUUUGUAGACAGACGGGACGCAUUGUAGACGCUCAGAAUGUUGGUUUCCGCUUCCUUGCAGUGUACUUGGAGUCCCGAGGGACGCCUUCUUUCCCUCGUUGGCGAUAGAGCUUUUUCUUCAAUAUCCAGUCUUUAUCCUUGAAAGAUCGUUUGCCGCUUUUGUUCCUCUUCUUUUCACGUUCUCGUCUCCGCUCAAAGACGGCCUUGUCCUCUUCUCCGUCCAGCCCUUGUGGUAUUUGCUGCUGAC